UAACAACACUUUUUUUUCAAAAUUAGGUUUAUUAAGUAUUUAAAAGUUGUCAAAAUAUCACAAAUACUAUUGCUAAAAAAUUAAAAGAAUUGAUGGGUUUUCUAUGUUCUAUUUUAAUAUGACCAAAGAGAUCGUUGACGACGAGCUACUUAAACCAAGGAAGAAGACAGAAGAAGGCGGUAAAAAACUGCCAAGUAAAUUAUCUGAAUCUAAUUCGCCAUCUACUUACUCUCCAAAUGAUGAAUGCAAAUCAAAAAGAGGAAGAAAACCAUCACAAGCCAAGCUUGCAAUGUUAGAAUCAAAAAAAAUGCUUGCUGAUAAGCGACGAUUUUUUGAUGCAGAUAAUGAUGGAAAAAGAAACAUUAAAAAAAAAAAAGUUUUAGGUGAUGAUCAAAAAAUGAAUAAAAAAUCAGAAAUAAUAAAUAAUCAAAAAAAUAGAAAGAAAAAAAAAGUGAAAAAAUUUUGUGAAGAAGAAAAGACUGAUUCCAAACUUUACAAAUCAAAGCGUGGUACUAAAAUCAAGUUGGAAGAAGAAGUUGAAGAAAAAGAACAAUUAAAAUCGCGUAGAUCAAAGCAAGCAGCAAGUGAAGAUGAAGAUGAAAUAUCGACUGAAGAUGAAUUAUGGUGGGAUGAUUCUAAAAAAGAAUCUGAUGAUCCUUGGGACACUAUGUUUGGAGAUACUGAUGAAAAUAUAGACAAUGAUUUCUUGCAAAACUCUGAUGAGGACACUGAAGAUGCUAGUGAAACAGAUAUGGCAACACUUGAAGAAGAAAUGUGUGAAGUGAAAGAAAAAAUGUACCAAGAAAAAAUAAAAGAGCUUAAGGAUAAGCUACAGCAGUUAGAAAGGCGAACUCUACCUGAAUAUCUCGAAAUGUUAGAAGAGCUGAAAAAGCAAAAGGAAGACUGGAUUAGAGUAGCUUAUGCCUUCAAAGCUUAUGAGGAGAAAGAAUUAUUAAAAGAGUUUGAACGAGAAAAACGUCAGUCAAAGCAAGAUUUUGAGAGAAAAAAAAGCGAGCUUAAAGAACUUUUAAUAAAUGAGUUGCAAGAGAAAAAGAAACUUAUUGAGUCUGAAAAGUCUACAAUCGAUCUCAUCAAUAGUGUUGGAUCCAUUCUUCCUAUGGAAGUUAAACCUGUAGUUACUAGAAAGUUGCGUCGGCGUCCAAAUGAUCCUCCACCUGUUGCUGAAAAGAAAAGGAAAGUAGUCACUGCUCAGCUGUGCUUCCUUCUAGAUGAGGAACAAAUAUUAGCUGAUCUAAAAAAAAUCAAUAAAAACUAUAAACCUGAACCUCCAGUAAUUACAGAAACUGCAGUUGUAGAAAAAUGUGAUCCUACACAAUUUCCGGAUGGUACUGAUGCUAAAAUCAAAGAUGAUAUGCUAUAUUAUAACAAGGAAUGGUAUCAAAGUGGAGAUGCUAUAUAUUUAAACAGUAGAGACGGGGAAAGAUUUAACGCUCAGAUUCAUUCUAUAACAGCCAACAAAGAGAUCUGGAUUAAAAAACUAACGGAAGGAACACGUUUAAAGAUAUAUGUUGGCCAUCUACAAAGAGGAAAAUAUUCAAUAGAGAGUAGAGCGCCAGCUGUUAAAAAGUGAAGAUUUUAAAUAUGUAUAUUAUUUUUGUUUAUAUAUAAAACCAAUAAUUUAUAGAUAAA